ACACACGCACACACACACACACACACACAAAGAAACGUCGCGCUCAGCCGAGAUGAGGGAGAGGAGGAGGAGAGAGCGUGCGCUGGAGGCGACACCUGUCAAGCCAUUACUAAACACAGUUGGUUUAUUUAAAAAGACUGAGGCGCCCCGAAGACUUGGGGGGAGAAGCCGAGGUGGAAAUAGAGAUUAGUCGCACCUAUUCCCGCUGUUUUGCGCUCAGGGAUAGACACGGAGCCCUUUGAGGAGAGAAAGGGGGGAAUAUGUAGCGUUAACGUCAUGACAAGCCGCGUUUGAGUUGGAGGAGCGAACUUGGCGCAGGUUAGAUGUCGGCUGAAGGGAGCAAAGUGACAGCGACAACCGGAAAACGGAAAAAAAACGGGACUUUAUCCGAGAUCGAUGCUCGCCAGCACUGACUCAACUGUCCUUCUGAGGCAAACGCCAGCGAGGCCACCUCUAGGAUACUAGACGGCAGAACACUCCUCACCACGCGCUCACGCCAGCUCACGCUGCCCGGGGGAGGCUACGUACAGUGCGCAGAGUUACAGCCUUUGCUUUCUCUGAAGAUGAUCCGUGUGAGCUGAAGACCGAGCGGAGGUUAAACAGAGGCGAAGCUGAACGGCGAAGAGGAGAACGGUCGGAAGGAACCAGGAUAUUUAUGUUGUAAUAAUUGUCUUAAUACAACAUAAUAUCUUCCACAACGCUCCUUUGUUGGAUUUUUCUGAGCCCUGGAACCGCAGUACUUAAUAAUUAACGACCUGGUGAUUCAGAGUAAGAGUAGCACGACACAGAACCAUUGUUGCAUGACCCACUGUUUGCAACAGUGCCCAGGAUUGCUUUCAACUUCGAAGAAGCGCCCUUGAGGCCCCGACUAUCUUCUGACUGUCUGCCCAUCUGCAGCAUUUGGGUGUGGAAGGGUGGUUUCUGAAUUAGGCCCCUGGACGCUUGUUGAAGAUGACUUGACUUGGCAGCCCUAAAAGCCCCUUACCAAGAGAGAGAUAGCGAGCUUGGCAACAGGACACACACGCACACACACACACACACACACACACACACGCAACACAAACAUGUGGGCGCGGAGGUGGCUUUGAGCCAUGCUGGUGUUGCAACUCGUGGAGCCCUGGAGUGUAGACUAUCAUCAUCCCUAUCAUCAUUCACCCAAGCUGAGGAAAAUUCAACGGCCCCGAGGAACGAGGCUACACUUCUGAGCGACUCAAAGGCCGGGGAUCUGCAUCGACACGCCGAGAUCCGCCGCCACUUCCACAAGCGCACGUUAAUACCGCUUCCCACAAAUCCCUCGCGCGGGAAAAACAAAGCUGCAGCUGACGUGAAGCGGCGCGGAGACUAAGCAGUCAGGAUCCAGGCACCAACAUGGCAGCUGAGAGUCUUGCUGAGCUCCGCGACUGGCUCUUUCUGCUCCUCCUGUGCCUCACCUUACUGGCUGAGGUACUGGAGCUGGCGGCAGCGGCAAUUGCCAUGGAGACAGGCGAAGGAGACGAGGGCAUUGUGUGUCCCUCAGUGUGCCGCUGCGAUGAGGGUUUUGUCUACUGUAACGACCGUGGCCUCAGCAUCAUACCGCCGCUUCCGCUAACGGCCGCCAUCCUCUACUUGCAGAGUAACCGGUUGAGUAACGCGGGGCUGCCUUCUUCACUGGAACGCAGUUCUUCCAUACGAGUGAUAUACCUGUACGCCAAUCAGCUGGAUGAAUUCCCCAUACACCUCCCGCCUUCGUUAAGGGAGCUCCAUUUGCAGGAUAAUAACAUACGAACGUUACCGAGAUCAGCUUUGGCCAAGUUACCAUUAUUAGAACGUUUACACCUGGAUGAUAACUCUAUAUCCACAGUUAGCAUCCAGGAGAGAGCUUUUUCUGGGACUCCGCGGCUUCGACUGCUGUUUCUGUCUCGAAACCACCUGUCGAGCAUCCCUGCGGGCUUGCCAGCAUCCUUGGAAGAGUUGCGACUUGACGACAACAGAAUCAGCACCAUCCCAACACACGGGUUCCGGGGGCUGUCCUCCCUGAGACGCUUGGUCCUGGAUGGCAACCUGUUGGCCAAUACACGCAUCGCAGAUGACACUUUCUCUCGUCUCUCCAAUUUGACCGAGUUGUCGCUGGUAAGGAAUGCCUUGCAGUCACCUCCAGUCAACUUGCCUUCAGCUCACCUGAUACGACUCCAUUUGCAAGACAAUGGAAUGACGCACAUACCAAGGGGGGCACUGGACGGGAUGCGGAGGCUUCAGAGAUUGGACCUGUCUGGAAACAACCUGACCAGUCUUCCUCGAGGACUUAUGAAGGACACAGAAAGCCUGGAGAUGCUACUGCUGCGAGGAAACCCUUGGUACUGUGGCUGCAACCUACGCUGGCUCCACGCCUGGCUGCACAGCCGGGGGGCAGCAGUGACAGUCAGAGGCCUGACCUGUCAAGGGCCCGAGCCUGUCAGGGGCCAGAGCCUCAGAGACCUAACCUCCCUGAUGGAGCAGUGUGAAGGGCCCCCUCCUGGGCCCAGUGCAGGAGUUGGGGUGAACACAGCAGAAAAGGAUAUAGCAGGUGAAGAAGGGGGUCAUGCAGUGGCUUCAGUCCCCCAUGGCACUACCACCACCUCCUCUUUACUCGUCCCCACACAAGGUUCUCUCUUCCCACUAUGGGCCAGACGGCCAGGUCUUGUUAUGCCUCUGCCCCCAGGUGAAGGGGGACAGGUUCCUGGAGAGGCUCUGGAGCUGACAGUAAAACCUCUCUCUUCGGACAGUGUACUAGUGAGCUGGUUGUGCCCACAGACAGCCCCCUCCUUUCGCCUGUCGUGGCUGAGGUUGGGCAGCAGUGCAGCGCUUGGUUCAAUAACAGAGACUCUGGUUCCAGGAGAGAGGAGACAGUACCUCCUAACCCAGCUCACCCCACGCUCCCAUUACCUCAUCUGCCUGCUGCCACUAAGACAGGAGUCCACCUUUGGGGGUUCCAGCAUGGGUUCAUCACGAGUUGGCAGCAUGGACACAGACAGUAAAGACUCUGCCCCAGCUUGUGCUCAGAUAGAGACUGGAGAGGCUUUGGUCAGCUCAGGAGGGGAGGGGACAGAUAAAGAGGGACAGGACUCAGAGCUAACAGCCUUGCCACUGGCCGGGAUCAUUGGGGGGGCCACAGCAUUAGUAAGCUUGCUUUUAAUCUUUGGCAUAUUCUGCUGGUAUGGACAGAGGGCAGGUUACAUGUCCGGGGACUCGGGCUCAUACAACAGGGGCCGGGGAGGAAAACAUUAUGAUGACUACGUAGAGUCAGGCACCAAGAAAGACACUUCCAUCUUAGAGAUCAGGGCCCCACCUGCAGGGUUUCAGAUGACAGCGAUGGCCCAUCAGCCCCUGCAGCCUAAGCUUGAGGAUGUUACCUACAUCCACACCAUUUUCCCCUCGUCCUCCUCUUCGUCCCAGGCUAAUGGGACCUACCGGAGCAGUCACGGAGCUGGCAGCCUCAACGGCACCAUCCUUAGCCAAACCAACCACCAUCACGCCACCUAUGGUACCAACCGUGGCUACAGAGAGGGUGGCAUCCCCGACAUAGAUUAUGCUUACACGUGAUGAUACAGGGACACACUCUGGUUUGGUCUGGUCACAUUUUGUCCUUGGUUUCCAAAGUACCCUCUGUGCCUCUGCUGGUUUCAUUCUAAUUGGUUUGCUAAGUAGAAAAGACUGAUUUCAGCUACUGUAUGUUGAUUGGACAUUGCUAUUGAGUGACAGAAGUAACAGUCCUACUAUUCUCUUCUGCUGUAUGCUACAUUUUACAGUGGGCCCUUCUUUGAGUGCUCACUUAUAGUUAUAAAUGGUUACGUUUUCUCUUUUGGAUAUGUCAGUGUCUUUCAAACCUACUGUUCUUCUCAAUGCAUAAUAAUACACAAUAACUUAUUUGAGGUUGAUAAACUAGGCUUAGCUGAUUUAGCAGGAGAUAUAUUUAUAAUAUGAGGAAAAGGCACUUGAUGUGUAUAGAGAUAGCUCUCAUAUCUUCCUACCAACUGUAAGCUCUGUGCUGUAUAGAUAAAAGGGAUGACAGAAGGAGAAAUCAAUGGUUGUUAAAACUCACAGAUGACAAUGCAUCAUGAUUGACAUGAAAAGAUGCGCUCCUAGCCCCCGCCCUUCCUCUGGUUUACUCUCCUCUUGUUUAAUUUUUUUCUCCUUUACGCCUCUUCUCUCUCUUUUUUUGGCUGAGGCUCUUUCUUUUUAUUUCUCUCAUGUCUUUUGUGUUGCCGUGAGCAGAGGACGACUUUGUUCUCGCCAAGGGAGCUGACAGCAGUGAUAACAGUCCUGACAGAGACGAGAGACACAAACCACAGCAUGGGAAGCCUAAUGAGAGAGAGAGAGAGAGAGAGAGAGAGAGAGAGAGAGAGAGAGAGAGAGAGAGAGAGAGAGAGAGAGAGAGAGAGAGAGAGAGAGAGAGAGAGAGAGAGAGAGAGAGAGAGAGAGCAGGCGAGUGUGGGUGAUGGAUAGAUAGAUGGAAGACGAAGGAGAACAUGAAAGAACGCAAGGGUAGAGAGAAGGGUGCUUAGAGAGGUAGGCUGGCUUAAGGCAGGGAACGAACACAGAAAUGGAAAGGAAGAAAAGAAAAGAAAAAAGGGUGUGUGACAAAUGCAGCGGCAGGAGGUAAAACAGCAGACAAAAGGAAAAGGAGAUGGGGGAUUGAGGAGUGUGCAGCCAGAAUAAGGAGUAGGGGAGGCAACUGGAAUAAUGUUGCAUCGUCACCUAAAGGUGGCUCAAGUUUCCCUGAGUCCAUCAUCUACUACACUUCCAUCCAGAACCGAUGUGAAAUACUAAUUUCACAAUAUUUUCGCCAGUUACUCUUCAAUGUUAUCCAUUGUCACCAACACAAUCCCAAUUACACAACAGUCAGAGACGUUAAAUAAAGGAAAACAUGAAUGAUAAGACAAUCAGAAGCAAACGGAGUAAGAUAAUUGCCAAAACCACUGAACAAAGGAAAUCUCCCUCUCAGAAUCUGCAAAAACUUUGCCAUGUGCACAUUUUCAAACGCAGUCUGGUCUCAUUAUUAAAUUAUAUUUGCAAAUGAAGAGAAAAACUGCAAUCAUACAUCUUAUAAUAGUAACCCAUUACCAUCUAGACACUGGUUAAAAAUAUUUAAAUGAAAAUUAGCAGCUAAUGCUUCUUGGGUAGAAUUCUGAACUACUCUGGCUUAAUAAGUCUUCACCAAAGUUGGAAAGUUGUGACUAUUGCAUAAAUUAAAAUUAUAUUGUAAUUUAAAACAUUUUGAAGAUAUACUGAUGGAUGACUUUGGCACACAUAAAAACAAACAAUAAUUCAAUUAUUCAAACAAUAUGGGUAAAAACAAUACUUCAUAAAAACAAUACUGCUUGUGGAAAUGUUUAACUGUUUAACUUUUGAUCAUCCAACAUUAUCCUUACUGUUAGUCACCUCAGCACUUGCUGCUUUCUUAGUCUUAAUGUGUGUAGUCCUGAGGAAAUAACUUUUGUGAAUUUCAACAAUUUCUUUGCAUUUAAAAAAUAAAUGAAAAUAAAUAAAAAUCAGUAGAAGCUUGAGAAGUGAUUGUAAAAUAUUUCCUGCAGUCCAACCAUACAAGAUAGUUUGACGUUUCAGUCAAAUGCAGAAACUUCAUUAAAACAUGGAGCUUUCAAACUUGAUUGGGUGUUUUCUGGGCGAUUAAUCACAGGAUGUUGGGUGACUUAGUAGGGCUCUGCUAACAGGGAUCACAGCCUGACCGCUACACUGUGCAGCCCAGCUUUCCGCUUUUCAACGACCCCACUAAUAAACCCUUAGGAGGGAGGAACUUCAAAGAAACACACCAACAAACAGCUCCAGGUUAAUAGAUUAGAGAGGAAGAGGGAACAGAAAAGAUAAUAUUAAAUACAAAGUGAGAGCAUAGACAGGAAGUGAUUUAGUUAGAGCCUGUAAGUGUUGAAGCCCAUUCUUUUUUUCAGAACCUCUCUUUCUCUUUUCCAGCCUGUGUUACUGUGCAUCAGUAAUAUUGAAAAGCUCCAGUCUGGGUUUUUACUUUUUUUUAUUAAUUAGUUUGUUUUUCUUUCUUUUCUUUUAUGAGCACUGACGCUUCCUUUUAUUCUGUGUAGAAAAUCCUUUUCCUUCAAAAAUGUCACCCUCGGAUGUGAUAAUGAAGACACUCUUAUGUAUAAACAUAAAAAUGGGUGAAAAUACUAUUCCAUUUAUUGGUCUGUUGUCUUUUUUUCUACGCAGAUGAAUAAAGACUUCUGAAAGGAAAA